GCUAGGCCGGCAGGUGUCGCUGCGGGCUGCGGCGGAGCGGAGCGGAGCGGAGAAGAGACGGGGCCUGGCCUGGGAAUUCGCUGCUCGCUUCCCAUUCUUCCUAUGCAGACAGACACACAACAUGGCGGACUAGAAUAGUCGGCCGACGCGCCCGGAUACAGCGGAUAAACUGUGGGAUUUAACAGGCAGGGAAGGCAAAGAAAGUCCCCUCGGUUGAGACGAGCAACGAGGGCGAAACGCUGAUUUUUCGGGGGGGUUUGUCUUCUUCACCGGGAUUUGGCGGAUAAACUGCCCGUGAAGUGUUGGCUGCUGUGUGUCCCAGAUCGUGCUUCCCUCCUCGGCUAUCGCCCAGGUCCCCCCACCCCGCUCGCACUCUCGGUUCCUGGGGUGUGGAGACAAGGGGGCCGGGGUUAGAAAAACGUGGAAGAGAAGAAGAGGGGAUAAAAUUCCUCCUCUUUCCGCCCCCCUAGACUCGGGUUUUCUCUGGGAGCUACAGGAGUUGUGGACCACGCUGUGCGAAUGAGUGAUUGAUGCCAACUUCGCUUCUUCAGGGCAGAAUGGGUGUGUGUCCCCUGCUCCUGCUGCUUGGUGUAGCCCUCAGGGCCUCAGCCCAGGAUCAUGUCCCCAUCACAAGUCCUCCAAAUAUCACUGCCAAACCCACAGACCCCCCUGUCGCACCCUCCCUCAACAUCACAGUCGCACCAGCCCCUGAGGGCCCACCCACCACGCUUGCCCCCGCAGUCUUACCGCCAACGACAAUAACAACAACAAUGACAACAACAGCUGCCACCACAACCAUGAGCGCAGCUGAAGAUGAGGACGUACAACCCGCUGGUCCCAAUUCCACCGUGCGAGUCCUGCCAAUCCCUCCUCCCCCACCUCCAGCUCCCACCGAUGCCCCUCAGCCACCACCAACCACCGAGCCUCCACCUCCUCCCACCCCAGCGGAAGGAGAUAAUGGCACUACAGCCUCAGCUCCAGACACCCCAACUCCAGACACUUAUGUUGACGAGUUAUUCGAUGUGGAUACAGAGCCCACCAUGGAACCGAAGCCUGAUUUCACAUCAGACAGCACCCCAAACGAUGGCAACCAGUCUGAUGACAUGCCAAUCAUAGCUGUGAUGGUGGCCCUGUCCUCCCUGCUGGUCAUCAUCUUCAUCAUCAUCAUCCUCUACAUGCUCAGGUUUAAGAAGUACAAGCAGGCAGGAAGCCAUUCAAACUCCUUUAGACUGACCAACGGCAGAUCAGAUGAUACAGAACUCCAGAGCGUGCCGCUAUUGGCUCGCUCGCCCAGCACAAACAGGAAGUAUCCGCCUCUUCCCGUCGACAAACUCGAGGAAGAAAUGAACCGUCGCAUGGCUGAUGACAACAAGCUCUUCAGAGAGGAGUUUAAUGCACUGCCAGUCUGCCCCAUCCAGGCAUCAUGUGACGCUGCUUCCAAGGAAGAGAAUAAGGAAAAGAACAGAUACGUCAAUAUCCUGCCGUAUGAUCACUCCAGGGUGCACCUCUCGUCUCUGGAGGGAGUCCCCGACUCUGACUUUAUUAACGCCUCCUUUAUAAAUGGCUACCAAGAGAAGAAUAAGUUUAUUGCUGCUCAAGGGCCAAAGGAGGAAACAGUAAAUGACUUCUGGCGCAUGAUCUGGGAGCAGAACACAGCCACCAUUGUCAUGGUGACGAAUCUGAAGGAGAGAAAAGAGUGUAAAUGUGCUCAGUACUGGCCGGACCAGGGCUGCUGGACAUAUGGGAACAUCCGUGUGUCUGUAGAGGACACAAUGGUUCUGGUGGACUACACUAUCCGCAAGUUCUGCAUCCAACAGGUAGGAGACGUCUCUGGGAAGAAGCCUCAAAGGCUCAUCACCCAGUUCCACUUUACCAGCUGGCCAGACUUCGGGGUGCCCUUCACCCCCAUUGGCAUGCUCAAGUUCCUUAAGAAAGUCAAGACGUGCAACCCCCAGUAUGCUGGGCCCAUUGUUGUUCACUGCAGUGCGGGUGUGGGGAGGACAGGUACCUUUAUUGUGAUCGAUGCCAUGUUGGACAUGAUGAUUGCAGAGAGGAAGGUGGACGUGUUUGGCUUCGUCACCAGGAUAAGAGCCCAGCGCAGUCAGAUGGUCCAGACUGAUAUGCAGUACGUUUUCAUCUUCCAAGCAUUGUUAGAGCACUACCUUUAUGGAGACACGGAGCUAGAAGUCACCUCUCUGGAGUCCCACUUGGCCAAACUGUAUGCCCCCUCACCUGGAGCUGGCUGCAGUGGUCUGGAGGCCGAAUUCAAGAAACUGACAUCCAUCAAGAUUCAGAAUGACAAGAUGAGAACAGGCAACCUUCCUGUCAACAUGAAGAAGAACAGAGUCCUACAGAUCAUUCCAUAUGAGUUCAACAGAGUGAUCAUUCCAGUCAAACGAGGAGAGGAGAACACCGACUACGUCAAUGCCUCUUUCAUUGAUGGCUACCGUCAGAAGGACGCAUACAUGGCGAGCCAGGGGCCCCUGCAGCACACCAUCGAGGACUUCUGGAGGAUGAUCUGGGAGUGGAGAAGCUGUUCCAUAGUCAUGCUCACUGAGCUGGAGGAGAGAGGGCAGGAAAAGUGUGCUCAGUACUGGCCCAGUGAUGGAGUGGUGGUCUUUGGGGACAUCUCCAUUGAGAUAAAAAGGGAGGAGGAGAGUGAAAGCUACACGGUGCGUGACCUCCUGGUCACCAACAACAGGGAGAACAAGGCUCGAGCGGUGCGUCAGUUCCAUUUCCAUGGCUGGCCAGAGGUGGGCAUCCCUACUGACGGUAAAGGCAUGAUCAACAUUAUCGCUGCGGUGCAGAAACAACAGCAGCAGUCUGGCAACCACCCCAUCACUGUGCACUGCAGUGCUGGUGCUGGCCGGACGGGGACUUUCUGUGCGUUGAGUACAGUUCUGGAGAGGGUGAAGGCAGAAGGCAUCCUGGAUGUCUUCCAGACAGUGAAGAGCCUCAGACUGCAGAGACCCCACAUGGUGCAGACACUGGAGCAGUACGAGUUCUGCUACAAAGUGGUCCAGGAGUAUAUCGAUGCUUUCUCUGACUACGCCAACUUCAAGUAGGGACCUGUCAUGGAUGGACGGACGGAUGGAUUUCCACGUACACUUCAUGCAAGCAUAUGCACCCACCAGAACACACACAUACAAUACAUUGCCAUGCAGAAAAAGCUGCGUAUUUCCAUUUGAUGGAUCUUUUAAAAAGACUCAUCACAACUUCAUCUGUGGAUGGGAUGAACUGCCCGGAGGAAAAGGGAGCAGUGGUCUCCGCCCGAAGGAUAGGGCAGCGCAGUUGGACACAGAGAAUAACUGAGAUGCCUUCUUGAAUAUUUUGUAAUGUUGUUAAUACGGCCCUUCACCCCUAUUUUGCUUUCCAUCUUCACCCCCCCAUAUGUAUAUAUACUUACUGUGUUGCAUUUUAUUAUUUUAUUACUUUGGUUUUAGACACAGUUUUGAGUUUGGCUGCAUUUUUGGGUGGCACCUGUAAUGUAUUUUAUUGGUAUAUAUAUAUAUAAAUAUAUAAAUAUAUAUGAAUAUAAAUCUAAUGCUUUGAUGGCUAAUGUACAACAUCCAGAGUCAAGGUAAUGAUGUUUGGAUUUCUUUUUUUUUUUUUUUUUUUUUUUUUACUUUUUAGGGACAGUGACUUAAAACAUUUUUGACUUUGGCUGAGCCACGCUGUAGCGACGUGUGUGUGGUAGCAGAAGUUUCUACAUUCACCAACAAAUCCUGGACUGUUUUUCACUAGAGGACAUGCAUACACAUUCACAUACACAGUCCAAGACAUUUAUCUUCACACAAAAGUUGGUUGCAUCUACUUAGCUAAAACAUUUUUCAAUCGACUUGCAAUUUCUCUCCAUAAAGUUUCAGGGCUUCAAGGGUAGCUCACGAUUGGAGAACACAACAUCAGUGAUGUAGCUCAUAGUCUCAGGUUUUCACACACAAACAUACACGCUAAAUACCAGGAGCCAUUAAUUAUUUUGGAGCAUCUGUGUGUGUGUUUGUUUGAACUGGAGCAUAAGCUGGCAGACAAGGCUUGGUGUGUUUUCACAUCACUGUCUUCUGUCCGUCGAGUGCCAAAGUCCUUCACUCGUUUGAUUUUGUAGCUCUGGAGUCUGACAAAUUCUACCAACCAUGUUCAGACAUUCAGAACAAGAAAAGCCGUUUCACUGUCCGAGUAUCAGUAAUUACCGCUCUACAGGAAUUUAAAGUUCAAAAACACUACGAUUUUUGUUUUGCCCCAUACAGUCAAGAUAUAUGAGGGUUUUCUGAAGAUUUUUUUUUGAUAUUUUAAGGUCUGUUACAGUGUCAGCUGCAGUGUUGAUCAUGUUAACAAACCAAAUUACAAAGAAUACAAUCAUAAUUAACUCCAUUACUGCAUCGUAGAGAUCAACAGAUCCUACAUACCCAGCUCAUUUCUUUUCUUGUUUACAGACACACGUCAGUAUUUCUUGUAGAUUGUGUUAAGCAUUUCUUUUCCAUAUGGGUUUCCUUUGAGUCUGCUGGGAUUGACCAUUGUUUUUUUUAUAUUGUCACUAUGUCAUAUGGUUGCUCCUUUGAAGAAUGAGUCCCCUUUUAUUUCCCACCAUGGAUACUGAUGCCGAAGAAUGUUUCUUUUUAUUCAAAUGCUGUUGCUAACCUAUUCUUCAAAAACAGAUACAUUGUUACUUUAAUAGAAGAGGUGUGCCAUUUUGUUUGCUCUGAAAUUUUUUUUUUAAUAGAUGUCCUGUGAGGACACUCAGACUUGAACUACAGUGUUUUUUAUCUCAUCCGAGGUCACUAUUGAGGCCGUGCCCUUUGUGAUUGUAAUAAAAGAUAAAUGAUGUCAGUUAACUGCAGGGCUUGAGGUCAGUCCUAAUUUCAAGUCAGUCAGCUCAGGAAAUGACUGAAGCCAGAAUUUUUAAAAUUUACAAAUUGAAGAAAUUCACCUUGUGUUUAUCUCCACAAGUGGUCUUAGCUCCCGCCACAGUUCGGGUAUUCAGAUACUAUUCCUUAGCUGGAUUUUAAUAGACUUUAUUGACAUGAUGGUAAAAAUAUUUUCUUCCAGGAAUUUUUCAAAAUACUUCAAUCUUUCUUGAUGUCAAACUUUAGCUGAAAAAAUAGACCCAUACUUGUGCAUAUUUUACACUCCUGUAUGUUGUUACUCUAAUUAAAGGAAGGAGCACAAUCAAAUUUAAUUUAUUGAUGGUAGCUGUCACUAAAACAGUACAUGCUGAACUUCGAGGAGGGGUGAUUGUGUCAAUGUUGAUUGUCUGAACACUCAUGCACUAUUUGCACCAAAAGCAAAGCCCUUAGAAAUACAGAGCCAAAUACGAGAUAAGGUCAGAAUGAUCACAUGGCCUUGAUUUGAGAAUUAUAUUUGAACUCUAGAGCAGCUCUUUCAGGUCUCAAAGCCACCAGGUUAAGCCUCGUGUCAGGCCCCUGCGUGGACUUCAAGUAGCAAAUAGUUGAAUUGACCAGUCACUGAAUUUGAUUGCUGUUUGUGCAUCAUUAACUUCAUUUCAGGUCUUCUUUUGUUCCAAAGCAUCACAAGUGCCCGCACUAUUAGUUAGGUGCCAUUAUGUUCUUCAUUUAUUUACGUUGUUACUUACUGGGUCUUUAACUAAUAGAGGAGGGGAUGCUUAGCUGUUCUAUGCUUAAAUUACAGCAUUUUAAUGUGUGUGUUUGCAUCAUGUGAUUUACAAUGCCUCACUGCGAUUUGAAAGCAAAACAGGACACUGUGCCAACCCACGAGACCCGCUGUUACUAAAAACUAAAAGAAGUGCCUCAGUGGAAGGUUUUCAAAACGAAUCAAUUCUCCAAACUUGUCAUCCUUUGCAUUUUCUUUACCCACGUGCAUUCCCUCAUCUAUCACCUGAAGACUAAUGACAAACCCUUUUUGUGUGGCAAUACCAACACUGGGUCGGUCAUCUUUGCUUUCACAUUCCCUCUAGUUGCAUAUAUGUGGAUUCCUUGAUUGUGCAGAUCAGACUAACUCUGGGGCCCCUCUUUAAUGAAUUCCCUUUGAAUUGAAUGGCUUCAUUUCAUUCCAUAUCAGAUGAAUGCGGGAUCCAUGACAAGUAAUCAGUUGUGGGUGCCUAAAUGUUAAAAUUCUGAGAUUUUUUCCCCACAACAAAUACAUCUUUUCUCACCAAGGGAAACCAGUUGUCCCUGUUUUGUCUCUUUAUUCUUGGAGCUUUGUCCCAGUGGGGUGGUUCAAAUGCCCCAGCAAAAUCAUUUACUUCAAGUCUGGAAAGGGAGACUGCAGAAAACUAGAGUUCAGCUUUUCUCUUCUUGCCAACUUUAUGUGUCUUGUCUGUCUCUUAUCCAGCUCCAUUCACUGCUGUCCACUUAUUGCUUUGUUUCCCUUCUUUCAAUUUGUUCUUGGACCAUUUUUCCCAGUGGUCAACGCCCACUCCCCUUUUGUACAUAAUGUAAGGUUAUUUAUAUUUCAUUCCUGUCUGCUGCCUUGCUUAUUUUAUUUUCUUCUCCCCCUUUCUUUUCUUCAGUUUUUUUUUUUUUAAAAGAUGUAAAUUGAACUGUAUCGGGACCAUUCUGAAAUGUAUUAGAGCUGUUAUGUUUUGGCCAUUUUUAAUUUGGUAUAAUUGUCUUAAGCAAAUCCUAUAUUUUAAUUUGCCUAAGUUUGUUUCUGGUGUUUUGUUAUUCAACAUUUGAAUAUAUGUAUAUAUAAUUAUAUAUAUGAUAAAAUUAUAUAUAAUUAUAUAAUGCCAAAUGGCCUUUCUAAGCAAGAUACUGUUCAGACCUAAUAAAGUGCUUGAGAUUUUAA